AUGAGCAUAUGGAAUUACGUGGUGACGGCUCACAAGCCGACCAACGUUACUCAUUCCUGCGUCGGCAAUUUCACCGCCCCGCACGAGCUCAAUCUCAUCGUCGCGAAAUGCACCAGAAUAGAGAUUCAUUUGCUCACACCUCAAGGUUUACAGCCUAUGUUGGAUGUACCAAUAUAUGGUAGAAUUGCCACUCUUGAGCUUUUUCGUCCACAUGGGGAAACUCAAGAUCUCCUUUUUAUGGCUACAGAAAGAUACAAAUUCUGUGUUCUGCAAUGGGAUGCCGAAAAUGCUGAGGUUAUUACAAGGGCAAUGGGGGAUGUUUCAGAUCGAAUUGGUCGUCCUACGGACAGUGGACAGAUUGGCAUAGUUGACCCAGAUUGCAGAUUGAUUGGACUUCACCUAUAUGAUGGAUUAUUCAAGGUCAUUCCAUUUGAUAACAAAGGCCAGCUCAAGGAGGCAUUUAAUAUUAGGCUGGAGGAGCUUCAGGUUCUGGAUAUCAAGUUUUUGUAUGGUUGCCCCAAGCCAACCAUUGUUGUACUUUACCAGGAUAACAAAGAUGUACGUCAUGUGAAAACGUACGAGGUUGCUUUGAAGGAUAAAGAUUUUGUUGAGGGUCCGUGGUCUCAGAAUAAUCUGGAUAAUGGGGCAGAAUUGUUAAUCCCAGUUCCGCCUCCUCUUUGUGGUGUCCUAAUUAUUGGCGAAGAAACCAUUGUUUAUUGCAGUGCCUCUGCUUUCAAAGCAAUCCCAAUCAGGCCUUCUAUUACAAAAGCUUAUGGGAGGGUUGAUGCUGAUGGUUCACGCUACUUGUUAGGGGAUCAUAGUGGGCUUUUGCAUCUACUUGUUAUAACUCAUGAAAAGGAGAAAGUAACUGGACUCAAGAUUGAGCUCUUGGGGGAAACGUCUAUUGCAUCGUCCAUAUCGUAUCUUGAUAACGCUGUUGUUUUUGUAGGCUCAAGUUAUGGCGACUCGCAGCUGAUAAAGCUGAAUCUUCACCCGGAUGCAAAAGGUUCUUACGUGGAAGUUCUUGAAAAGUAUGUCAAUUUGGGGCCUAUUGUUGACUUCUGUGUGGUUGACUUGGAGAGGCAAGGCCAAGGUCAGGUUGUGACUUGCUCAGGAGCCUAUAAGGAUGGUUCACUACGCAUUGUGCGCAAUGGAAUUGGAAUAAAUGAGCAGGCAUCUGUUGAGCUUCAAGGAAUCAAAGGGAUGUGGUCAUUACGAGCAGCUACUGAUGAUCCACAUGACACUUUCUUGGUUGUUAGCUUUAUUAGCGAGACACGUAUCUUGGCAAUGAACAUGGAGGAUGAAUUGGAGGAAACUGAAAUAGAAGGCUUUUGUUCAGAUGUUCAGACAUUAUUUUGUCAUGAUGCUGUAUAUGACCAGCUUGUACAGGUAACUUCAAACUCGGUCAGAUUGGUUAGUUCAACCACUAGAGUAUUCCGUACGGAAUGGAAUGCUCCGGCCGGUUAUUCGAUCAAUGUUGCGACAGCCAAUGCUUCACAGGUUUUAUUGGCUACUGGUGGCGGCCAUUUGGUCUAUCUUGAGAUUGGGGAUGGUGUGUUAACGGAAGUUAAACACGCACAGUUGGAGUAUGAUAUCUCAUGCCUGGACAUUAAUCCAAUUGGUGAUAAUCCAAAUAACAGUCAGCUUGCAGCAGUGGGAAUGUGGACAGAUAUAAGUGUCAGAAUAUUUUCACUUCCAGACUUGAAUCUUAUCACAAAGGAGCAUUUGGGUGGAGAGAUUAUACCUCGUUCUGUUCUUCUGUGUUCUUUUGAAGGGAUAUCUUACUUGUUAUGUGCUCUUGGGGAUGGACACCUCCUAAAUUUUGUAUUGCAUACAAGUAGUGGCCAGCUGGCAGACCGAAAGAAAGUGUCUUUGGGGACGCAACCCAUUACACUUCGUACUUUCUCGUCAAAAAAUGCAACACACGUGUUUGCUGCCUCCGAUCGACCCACCGUCAUUUACAGCAGCAACAAGAAGUUGCUUUACAGUAAUGUUAACCUAAAAGAAGUCAGUCAUAUGUGCCCUUUCAAUUCUGCAGCUUUCCCUGACAGCCUUGCAAUUGCGAGGGAAGGCGAACUAACAAUUGGCACCAUUGACGACAUUCAGAAGCUGCACAUACGUUCUAUCCCGCUUGGGGAGCAUGCAAGGCGCAUAUGUCAUCAGGAACAGACUCGAACAUUUGCCAUAUGCAGUUUAAAGUGCAACCAAUCGAGUGCAGAAGAUGCUGAAAUGUACUUUGUUCGCCUGCUGGACGACCAAACUUUUGAUUUCAUGUCGACUUAUCCACUGGAUCAGUUUGAGAAUGGUUGCUCCAUCCUUAGCUGCUCGUUCUCUGAUGACAACAAUGUGUACUACUGCGUUGGAACUGCGUAUGUAAUGCCAGAAGAGAAUGAACCUACCAAGGGUCGGAUAUUAGUCUUCGCGGUGGAAGAUGGAAAACUACAGCUGAUUGCUGAGAAGGAAACUAAAGGAGCUGUUUACUCUCUUAAUGCCUUCAACGGGAAACUUCUCGCGGCUAUUAAUCAGAAGAUCCAGCUGUACAAGUGGAUGCUCCGGGACGAUGGAUCUCGUGAGCUGCAAUCUGAAUGUGGACAUCACGGGCACAUACUUGCUCUUUAUGUACAAACGAGGGGUGAUUUCAUUGUCGUUGGUGAUCUGAUGAAAUCAAUUUCUUUGCUGAUUUACAAGCACGAGGAGGGGGCUAUCGAGGAGCGGGCCCGCGACUACAACGCCAACUGGAUGUCGGCCGUCGAGAUUCUUGACGACGACACGUACCUCGGUGCAGAGAACAACUACAACCUCUUCACUGUCCGCAAGAACAGCGAGGGGGCCACUGACGAGGAGCGGGCCCGCCUCGAGGUCUCCGGCGAGUACCACCUCGGCGAGUUUGUGAACCGAUUCCGGCACGGGUCCCUCGUGAUGCGGCUUCCGGACUCUGACUCGGCCCAAAUCCCGACCGUGAUCUUCGGCACGGUUAACGGGGUGAUAGGGGUGGUGGCUUCCCUCCCGCACGACCAGUACACGUUUCUCGAUCGGCUGCAGUCGAGCCUGAGGCGGGUGAUCAAGGGGGUCGGGGGACUGAGCCACGAGCAGUGGAGGUCUUUCUACAACGAGAAAAAAACGGUGGAUGCGAAGAAUUUUCUUGACGGGGAUUUGAUCGAGUCUUUUCUUGAUCUCAGCAGGAGCCGAAUGGAGGAGGUCUCGGCAGCCAUGGCCGUGCCGGUGGAGGAGCUCAUGAAGAGGGUGGAGGAGCUGACUAGGCUGCACUGA